ACGGGACUGCAGGCGAGUGAAGCGCCAUUAAGAACGUCACGCGAGUUGCCUGCUGUCUCUGCUCUUGGCUGCCCGCUCCGUGGGGCUGAGGAGCCCGCCCUGCCCUGUGGCUUUCCGUUGACGUUGUCGCGGAAAGCCCCGGGGCUGCUGCAUGUUGCUUGAGUCCUAAGCAUAGGAACACACGCUUCCUGGAUGCUGCGCUUGGUGCACUACAGUUUUACAGUUUACAAGGCUCUGCAAAGUCAAGAUGGCUGGCCAGUGGAAACAUAUUGAAAUGGUGGUCCAAUGGCUUAACAAAUUCAGCCCUGAAAAAGAGCGUGUUCAGCAAUUCUUGGAUGAAUCAGCUAAGGAUUUAAAAGGUUUUAAUGUAAACAAUGAAACUUUUUUGGUGGAGAUUUUGUCUGGCUGUAUAGAAUAUAAACCUCUAUUGGAUGUGGUAGUCAAUGCGUUUUAUAUCCGUGAUGGAAAACACUGCAUUGUGUCUGAGCGUAAUCUGUACAAUGUUGUUUGUUACUUGGCCACGUUUCAGCUGGAGGAGCUUGGCCUUCAACAGUUCAGCAAAAUAGUGAAGUCACUGGGUGGUGCUAAGAUAUGUAAGUUUCUCAGGUUCUUUUUCAAUGUCAUGAAUCUGAGCACGUGGAUUAAAGAUGAGUGGAGUCAGAUAUACGACUCUGCUUAUGUGGCAGCUAACUGGAUUGAAUUAUUGCUAAGAUGGCAACCAAAAGUGCAACAACUUAUUGAUCAAUUUGAUGAUAAAUCAACAAACAAUAUUUCUUCAUCGCCGAAGACAACUAAGCCAGAGGAGUUUCACUUGACAGUCCCUAACCCACGACCUGUUCUGAUCCCUGAGCCGGUUACACAAAAAAAGUAUUCGAAGCAUGUUCCAGAGACCACAUAUAAACCUCCUAGACUGGAGCAACGCCUCAAAGAAAUCAAACUAAAGAAUCGCAAGAAAGCAGAGGAUCUGCUGCUGGAAGCAAACCUUAGUCAGUUCUCCUGUGCGGCCACAAAGCCUGAACAUGAAAGCACAAUUAGAAAUGAGAUACCAAAGGGAGCAGAGAGAUUUCAUGCUCAGAAGAUCCAAGGAAAGAAAGACAAUAUAUCUAUCAAACUAAAUACAGCAGCAAUCUUAAGGGAAAAUGUCCUGUAUCAACGAAAAAUGGAACAGGAAUUAAACAGAAUUGAACAUCUUCUGCGAGGAGCUCGAGAUCCAUCUGACUUCCUUGACUGGCAAAAACAGAUGCUUGAAAAUGACCGGCACCAACAGCUGGCUGAAGAGGAGUGUAGGAGACUGGAAGGGAAACUGAGCUAUGAGGAGGCCAUUCGAUCGCGUCAGAAUUGUACUCAGGAAAAUCAGAAAAAGGCUGAACAAGAGAGACUGGAGGAAGCAGAAAUGCAGCAACAGUUAAAAGAAAUACAGCUUCAGGAGGAGAGAGAGAAAAAGAAAUUGGUGCAGCAAGUGGCAGAAGGACACAAAAAUGCGAAGCAAGCACUCAUAAAACUCCAAAAAUACAAGCAUCAAAUAGCUCAAGAAAUGUCUGAAGAAAUCCAAGGACUACUCCUCCAGGCCUUAGAGCGAGAAGAAGAGCAAUUCAAGAAAAGAUGUGAAUUGAUUCAAGAAAUAAGAGCUAUGGAGUAUGUGCCAUUCCGCAAGAACAAAUUUGUUGAUUUAACCCAGACAGGCAACCAUGGCUUUCUUGGUGAAAUGUCAGUCGUGGAACUGCAAGAACGCUUAGCCUUGAUGAAGGAGGCUCAGAAGAAGGCAGAAAUCGAGAAGAGGGAUUUAAUAAUAUGUGAAAAACGCAGUAAGGAGCAGCGUCUUUUGGACACUCUGGAGCAGAUCUCCGUGUUCAGAGAAGCAUUUGGAAGAGCAGCUGCACUGAAACAGGAGGAAAAGAAAAUUAAGCCUCAGUUUAGUGAAAUACUUCUGAAAGAUGAACGGGUUUUAGAUCUACAGAAAAAGAUUGCUGAAAAAUCUGUGGAACGUAGAAUGCAGAUGCAGAACUUUAAGAGUGCAUGUAUGAAGUCUAAUGGAAGAUUAAAGAAGACAUCGAGACCAUGUCUGCAGGAAGAUCACCGGAAGAAGCUGGAAGAAAGUCGGCAGCAACAGUUUAAGAAACUUCAGCAAAAUUUCGUGUCAAGGGAAGUAGCUCAAAAAAUGACAGCACGUGAGGCUGAGAGCACCGGAACGUCUGCUUGCAUCCUGCGUUCUUAAGGCAGACAAAAUUACUUCUAGGAUAUUUCUGUUGACGUGAUGGGACAUUAAAGUAACAAAGCAUCA